UUUCGUAACAGCUGAGCCAUCGAACAUAAUUUCCACAUGACUAAAGCGUUACUUCCUGUUGUGGACUCAAGCAGCAGCGGAAGAAGGCUGCGUGCAAACACAGAGCAGCUGCAGCAGCAGAAUGCGAACAUGAAGGCGCUCCGCUGCUUCUGCGUCUGUUCUCUGCUUCUGCUGAAAGUGUCCGCGGGAUUUGGAGAUCUGAGGCGUCCUGAGAACGUCAGCAUGGACUCGCUCAACACCCGUUAUGUGCUGCGGUGGGACUGGCCUCACGAGACCGCCGCCAACCAGACCGUCACCUUCACUGCGCAGUAUAUACGGGAAUUUCGGUCCCGGAAGGCCAAUUAUGAGAAGUACUGGACAUCGGUGUGUGUCAAUGUUUUGGAGCAUCGCUGUGAUUUCACUGGAGCUGAACUGCAUUACAAUGGCUUAUUUCUGCUGCGUGUGCGGGCCAACACAUCACAGCAGUCCUCUGGCUGGGUCCAGAUCAGAUUCUGUCCUGAUGAACACGCUGCUUUAGGUCCUCCCUCCAGCUUGAAGCUGAGCUCGGUUAAAGAAGAUCUAGAGAUCAUCAUCACCGACCCUUUGAGCAGCACCAAUCAGUCCAUGAAAACUUUGCUGGACAAAAGGUUGAGCUACCUCAUCCAGUACUGGAGACGCUCUGAAGGGCCUCAGAAGGCUAAAGUCCUGGAGACGAAGAAUAAUCUGGUGAUGCUGACUGAGCUGGACAGACAGACGUGGUACUGUGUGAGAGUUCAGAGCCAUGAUGUCUUCCAUAAUAAGAGCAGUGUCUUCAGCGACACACACUGCACACGCACUGAAGGUCAGAUGCCGUACUGGCAGAUAUUUCUGUACGUCCUGAUUUCUCUCCUGCUGUGCCUCCUGCUGGUGCUGCUGUACUUCUGCUUUAACAAGAUGUUAUCGCUCCUCAAGAACACCUUCUGCCCAGCUGUUCACCUCCCGGAUCACAUUCAGGAGCUGUGGUUAAGUGAGUCAGAGACGCCGCAGCUGCUGGCUCCUGAGUCUCCAGAGUCUGUGUGUGAGCCGCUGGUCAUGGUCAGUGCUGAGCUGGACGCUGUGGCGGUGGAUGAGCACUCAAACGCUGGGGAACAGGACUCCAGCACACACAGCCGACACAGCAGCGGAGACUCGGGUGUUUACUCCACAGAGGAGGACUCCAGUCACAGAUCCACCACACACGCUGACCUACAGAUGAGCAGCAGAAAGCACGGAGUAGAGCUGCGUGAUGGGACGCUGCGGGAGCUCUGUGCUUGAUACCACAUGACUCUGGCUUUUUGCAGCUUUGCCUUUCUCUCUUCCAACAUCUGUCCGCUUAUUUCACAUGUAUAGACAGCAGCACCUUUCUGAGGUUUAUGACAUUUGAGCCAUAUUUGUCAUAUCUGUAUGCUGACAUGCAGAUUUCUUAUGAUUCUUAUAGAAUCUUAAUUCAUUAUUGUCACUUGAUGUCUUUCUUUGUUAGCUUUAACAACAGCAGGGUUUAAAAAGAGAAUGUACUGUCAUCUGAUUGUUUCCUCAUUAAUCCCCUGUGUCAGAUUAAAAUUACCUCUAUCAUA